AUGGACAAACAGAGGAAAUCAAACAUGGGCCCAAAUAAGUGCUGCAAUCACGGAACGUGUGCUAUCGUCGGUUACUGCCUGCACGAAAUAUUCAACCCUAAGGCGUCUGGGCACGGCGUGACAACGACUUGCCAUGAAUGUCAUUCUCUGCAGCAGGUGAAAUCAAACAGGAGGAGGAGCUCAGAUUGUGUAGCCUCCCCGCGACAGAAGAAAACCCUUGUUGACGAAGUUGUUCUGCAAGACACGAUCCCCCGCAGCGAAGACAAGCUCAUCGUGUCUUGUCCUGAUGUCAAGACAAGCGAGCAAGAAUGCGAAGAGUACAUGACGCGGAUACGAGACCUUCCGGUUCUGAUGUGA